AUGGAAAGGAAAAUGAACUUAAGAAAUGGAAAACAGGAAGGUACAGAAGAAAGAUCAGAAGAGGAAAAGGAAGAACGAAGGCAUAGAAGUGGUGAUUUUGAGGUGCAGUAUUUAGAACAAGGAAGAGAACAAUCAGAUGGAAAUGUGACAGGGGAUGAAUUGGAAGAACAGGAGGAUAGGAGACAACAAAGAAACAAUAAUGAUCAAUUAAUGGAAUUUUUGAUUAGUAUGAGGGGAGAAAUUAAACAAGAUAUGAAUAAUAUGAGGGGAGAUUUUAAUGAAAAGAUGGAUAAUAUUAAUGGAAAUAUGAAUAGAUUGGAGAGGAAAAUUGAAGAGGUUAAAAUUGAAGGUUUGAAGGAAAUUAAGAAACUUAGACAAGAAAAUGAAGAUUUUAAAAAAAGAAUUGAUAAGGUGCAAGAAAAUAUGGAACAUCAAAAUAAGAAUCUAAGAAUAGAGAUCCAAGAAAAAGGGAUCAAAAUCAGAGAAGAAAUUGAAAAAAAGGUAGUGGAAGAGGUUCAAGCAUUAGGAAAAUGCAUAGAAGAAAAUUUACCAGAAACAAUACUAAUGGAAGUUACAAGACAAAAUGAAGAAGUAAUGCAGGAAUAUCAAGAAAAUUUCAAUAAAAAAAUUAAAGACUUAGAUGUUAGAGUAGAAGAAAAAACAGGGACAUGCGCUAAAAGAAAUGAGACUAUAGGCAAGCAAUUUAAUAGGGAAUUGGAGGAGAUAAAUAAGAAAUUGCGGGAAACUGUGGAAGAUAUAGAAGAUAAAAUAAGACGAAAUGGAGUAGGCAUAAUGUGUACAGGAAAUGUGGAAAUAGGGGUAAAAUUUGAUGGAAAUAUAAAUACAAUUCACCCUAAAGUUUUUAUGAAAAUAGUGAAGAGUAAAAUGAAAGGAAUAAAGGAUUUGAUGGAGAUGAAAAUAAUAAUUAGGGGAAUGUUAUCAGGACAUGCACUAAUGUGGUUUUGCAAUAAAGAAGAGCAGAUUAUAGAUAUGGAAGGUUUUGAAACACAAUUUUUAAUGUAUUUCUGGGGGGAAAUUCAACAGGCCAAUUUUCGAGAACGGUUGUAUUUCGGAAAAUUUGACUACAAUAAAAAUAAAAAUUUAAAUUCUUAUGCUAUGCAACUUUAUAAUAUAGCACAAUAUCUAGAACCAGCAAUGAAGGAGGAAGAAUUAGUUUUAUAUGUAGGAAGACAUUUUAAUGCUGAGAUGUCUGAAACGAUAGUUCUACAUAAUAUAAAGACUAUGGAUAAUAUGUCAAGUUAUUUACAAAGAGUUGAAAGGAGUAUACAAAAUGGAAACGGAAUUAAUAGAUAUCAAAGUGAAAAUAGAUAUGAAGAUAUACGAAAUGAUAGACAGGGUGAAAAUGGAAAUGGAUUUUUUAGAAAAGAUCAUUACGAUAGAUAUGGAAAUACAAAUUAUGGAAACAGGAACUUCGAAAACAGAAGAUAUCAAAGAAAUGUGGACAGGAAUUUUGGAAAUGGAGACAGAGGAAGAUAUAAUGGACAGAAUAAUUUCAGGAAUAGUAGUCACAGAAACGGGGAUGAUUUCAAUAGACAAUAUGACAGGGGAGUUUAUAAUGGAAAUAGAAGUAGGAAUUUGCAGCAACAGGAUAGGGGUAAUUUCAGAAGAGAUGAGUACAAUUUUGAUAGGGAUCAAAGAUCUGAUAAUAACAGGGAUAAUAAUGCCAACAGUCCAAAUGAAAGGGAAAGUGUGAGACAAGUAAAUGUUAUGAUACAUAAGGAAAGAGAUGAGGAACUUGUUCAACAAGAUGAGGAUAGAAAUUUUGCAUAA